UUCUAUUUUUAUUAAGACAUUUCCGUGCGAUACAUUUGCUUCGACCGCAGCUCCAUCUCGAGGUUCAACAGUCCGCAGCCACACCAUUCUGCCGUGGUUUACCGCUGAGCUAGCUUGGUCAGCCACAGUAGCACCCCGCCAACGCCACACCCCACCAUCCAUCGGUCGGGCCUCAGUGGGAAAAUGUCAAAAUUGUGACUCUUCCCGCAUCUCACGAGCAAUCGAACAUCUGCGCCUACACGAUCUUAGAGUCAACUCGUAGCACUCUCCGCAUAUCAUCUACAUCGCAUCUGAAGAAGCCAGCUUUACAGAAAUCAUACACAUCGGCGACCUUAACCCGCGUGCCCGGGCUCCUUCCCCGCCUCGAAUAACUUCAACACCGCCCACCUUCGAAUUUCUUGGUCGCCCGAAACUACCGCCAUCAUGUCGUUAUCGAAUUGCCGUUUCUACGAGGAGAAGUUCCCGGAGAUUGACAGCUUUGUCAUGGUGAACGUCAAGCAGAUCGCUGAGAUGGGUGCUUACGUUAAGCUUCUCGAGUACGACAACAUUGAUGGCAUGAUUCUGCUCUCCGAACUGUCGCGUCGACGUAUCAGAUCUAUCCAGAAGCUCAUCCGCGUUGGGCGCAACGAGGUUGUCGUGGUCCUGCGUGUGGACAAGGAGAAGGGUUACAUUGAUCUUUCGAAACGCCGUGUCUCUCCCGAGGACAUUGUCAAGUGCGAGGAGCGCUACAACAAGAGCAAGAUGGUCCACUCCAUCAUGCGCCACGUCGCCGAGAAGACCAACACUCCCAUCGAGAGCCUAUACGAGAGCAUAGCGUGGCCUCUUAACAAGAAGUUUGGCCAUGCUAUUGAUGCAUUCAAGCUGUCGAUCACCAACCCGGAAGUCUGGAACGACAUUACCUUCCCCACUACUCCCAUUGCCGACGAGCUCAAGUCCUACAUUGGCAAGCGUCUCACACCCCAGCCUACCAAGGUCCGCGCCGACAUUGAGGUCACGUGCUUCGGAUACGAGGGCAUCGACGCUGUCAAGGAGGCCCUGCGCAAGGCCGAGGAGAAGAACACGGAAGACUCACAGGUCAAGGUCAAGCUGGUCUCGCCACCGCUGUACGUCUUGACCAACACUUGCUUGGACAAGUCCGCGGGCAUCACGUUGCUGGAGGAGGCGAUUGUGGAUGUGCGCAAAAGCAUCGAGGCCGCGGGCGGCAACCUGUCCGUCAAGAUGGAGCCCAAGGCUGUCACCGAGAGCGACGACGCGGAGCUGCAGGCCCUCAUGGAGAAGCGCGAGCGCGAGAACGCCGAGGUCAGCGGUGACGAAAGUGUCAGUGAUAGCGACGAGAACAUUCCCGAGACUGUUUAGAUCGAGCCGGGACUGUCACGAAUCGCACGAGACUGAUGACUUGUUUUUGGCUCAUAAUGGUAUUGGGCGUCCACGGGUUCGAGGGGCUCUGGAAGGGCUCUGGAAAGGCAUGAAGGUAGAGGCUGCAUUCGCGGGUGACUACAAAAGUGUUUCUUUGUGGG